GCCGGAGGGGGGCGGGUGCUGACGGACGCACGGACAGAGGGAUGGAGGCGCCUCCCUCCCGCCGCCCCGUCAAACUGGAGCCCCUGGACCCGGAGGCAGGGGAAUCCCCAAGCCAGGACAGCACCGAGGCCCCUGAGUUGAUGCUAGGGAGGUCCCUGGCAUGGGGGACCCCCAAGGAGCACCUCCUGAUGGCUUCAGGGGGCCGGAAGUACUCAGAUCACUGUGAGGAGCGGGCAUCUCGGCCUGGGAAGAGCCGCAUCCCUGGGCGGGACCAUCGGCGCUAUUAUCACGAGCACUGGCGGGCUGAGUACCUGAUGGACUUCAACCCGGCACGGCAUGGCAUGAUCUGCAUGGUGUGUGGCAGCGCCCUGGCCACCCUCAAGCUGAGCACCAUCAAGCGUCACAUCCGCCAGAAGCACCCCUACUCCGGGGGCUGGGGCUCCCGCGAGAAGCAGGUCAUCAUCCAGAGCUGGGACGCCCACCUCGGGCUGGAUGGGGAGCUUGAGGGGCAUGGAGACCCUACCCAGGCUCCUGACAGUCUGCAGGGAGCACAAGGGAUGCUGUCAGCAGGGGGCGGGUUCCGGCGUCGGCGCCGUGCCCCAUGCCCAUCGCCCCGGGGGGCUGCCCGGCGGCCAGUGGUUGGGGGCAGGAAGGCAUUGCCCAGCACCCGCCAACUGGAGCGCUACGUGCGUGAGUCGCUGCAGAGCUGGUUCCAGGCUGAGUUCCUCAUGGAUUACGAUGCCCAGGGCAACCGGCUGCGCUGCAUGAUGUGUGGGCGCGGGCUGCCCAGCCUCAACCUGGAUGACAUCAAACACCACGUGCUGCAGGCCCACCCCACCUCGCUCGCCUUCAGCCCCGCUGAGAAGGGUGCCAUCCUGGAGGCCUGGAACUCCCGCGCCCUGGUGCUGGCUGCUGGCAAGGGCUGGGUGCCGCAGGAAGAACACCCUGCCGAGCCUGAUGCCUCCUUCCCUGGGGACCUUAGUGCUGAGGCCUCUGAGCCAUGCUCGGUGAUGGCUGCCCCAGAGCCAGAGGAGAGCAGCUCCCCAGGGAGCUGGGCCAAGGAGGAGCCUGUGGCGCCGUGGGAGCUGGAUGCAGGGGGGCCGCUGCGGGGUAAAGACCACCAGCGCCACUUCCAGGAGCACUGGCGGCUGGAGUACCUGAUGGAUUACCACGGCGAGCGGCACGGGCUGGUUUGCAUGGUGUGUGGGGGGGCACUGGCCACCCUCAAAAUGAGCACCAUCAAACGCCACAUCCGCCAGCGGCACCCUGACUCCACCCUGCUCAGCCACCAGGUCAAGGCCCUGAUCGUGGAGGAGUGGAACCGCAAGGUUGCCCAGCUGGUGGAGAUGGGGUCACCCCAGCCAGAGCAGGCCUCAGGAGACUCCCAGAAUCCUUUCCAGCCAUCAAGCCCCGAGGAGCUGGAUGAGGAUGUGCAGCUGCCUGCAGAGGGGGGGGAGGAGGAGGAGAGUGUGUUGGUGGUGGGGACGCCCCCAUACACCCCACAGAGCCCCUCUGACCUCACAGCUGGCCCCCCUAUGGGCCCGGCACCGGCACCGCGGCGGGAGCAGCGGCGGAACUACCAGCUGCACUGGCGCGUGGAAUACCUGAUGGACUACGAUGGCAGGCGGCACGGGCUGGUGUGCAUGGUGUGCGGGGGGGCGCUCGCCACCCUCAAGGUGAGCACCAUCAAACGCCAUAUCCUGCACGUGCACCCCUUCUCCUUGGACUUCACCCCAGAGGAGCGGCAGACCAUCCUGGAGGCCUACAAUGAGAUGGCCCUGCGCUAUGAGCCUGCCCUGGGGGAGGAGUCUGAGGUUAAGCCCCACCCCUUCCUCCAGGCCACUCCUGCUGAUGGGGAAGAGGGAGAGUUGGCCUGUGUCCCACCCACCAGCACAGCAUAGUUGAUGGACAGGAUUCCGUCUUGACUCUUGGGAGCAGGGGUGGGGGGUCCAGGCUAUGGACAGACCCCCCCUUGCUUAGAGGACUCGUUUGGGAGCAGAAUAGGGGGUUCUGUAUCCGCACAUGCUACAGACAUUGCCCCGUGAACUACACAGCACCUUCCCCCACUCCCAUCCCCACCCUGAUGCAUCUGGUCCUCAUGCACUGAUACUCCAUAGCCCAAGCUUCAGGGUGGGGGGAAAGGCCUCACAUGGCCCCCUGUGGCUUUUAAUCCCACCCCAUCCGAGCUGGGGAUGACACAGAAAUGGGUUUGUUGGGGAUGGGGGCACAUGGGGCUGGAACCCAGCUGCUCAGCGAGCCAAUGGGAUAGGGCAUUUGCAAGACAUGGGGGUGGGGGGAAGGGAUGAAAUCAUCUCCCUGCCCGGCACAGGCACUCAUGAGCAAGGGAGCAGUUGCUCUGUUUAAGGGGCCAGUUCCACACCCCUCCUGGGACUCUUCCUCGCCCCAGGGUAGCUGGCUUGAAAAGCUAAUGCUCCCCGGCUGCUGCUGCCAACUCCCAGACUCCCCCAGCUCCUAUCUGGCCUCCAAACGGGGCCCAUUUCUUCCUGCCGCCCCCAUUCCCCUCAGCUGCAGAUUUUCACCCCAGCAGCUUCCUGGCACAAGUGCAGGCUGGAAUCCAUGUCCCUCAGAGCUAAUUGGAUGUAACCUCAAUGCUCCCAUUGACCUUCCCUGUCCCCAACCCACUCCAGGGAAAGUGCCACCCUCUGUGGAGAGUCUAGACUGGCCUUUGCAGUCGUGUUUAUUAGCUUAAUUAGCCGCCCGAGUCACCUCACCUCAUCUAGAUGCAACAUCCUAAGAACCUUCCUUGGGCUGAAGUUAAACUGACCCUCCCCCGCCGGCUCCAGGGGGCCCCGGUAAGUAACCCACUCCCCUGCCGAAUGCCAAGCAGUGCCACUCACGUGAGCUGUGCAAGGCUUUGGGCCCCAUCACACCCAUGUUUAUACCAGCCCCAAGGGCACGUGGAUGGUCGCCCAACUGGAACGCAGCGUUGACACCAGGUGGAAGUGAGCGUAAAAGGGGGGAAGUGGGGUCCCUGCCUGGAGCUGUGGGGGCUGGAAUUUCAAGUGCUGGAGUGAGGCCGGGAGCAGGGCUGCAGCUGGGGGGCCUCGGACGGGGGUAAGAGGGUUGAGGCUGGGCUUAGGGACUGGAGUGGGGACACAACUGCAGCCAGGGGCUGAGGCUGGGGCAGGAGCAGAACCACAGCUGCCAGCUGGAAAAGGAUGGGUCAUUUUUUGAUUGAGCUGCCAGGCUUCACAAGGGUCCUGUCAUAAGCUCUCAGCUGCCCCUUGUGUGGCCAAUAGCCCUGUAUCCCUCCGCCAUGCAGGGGCAGCAGCUGGUGAGUGCCAACAAUCCCUCCCUUUCAUUCUUUGCUCUGCACUGGCCCCCCUCUCCCCAGUGAUGGGGCUGGGGGUUGGGGUAAGUGCCCAGGGCACUCUGACAUGGUCCUACCUAACAGGGCUGGCAAUGGGAUACUGGGCUAGAUGGGCCUAUUGUAAUGCGGGGAUGAAGGGGGGACACUGGCUUUGAGGGGCCUAUUGAUCUGAGCUGGGGCAGGGAGGAGAAGGGAGACUUGGCCCCAUAAGGGCAGAUGUGGGCAAACUACAGUCCAUGGGACCAUCCUGCCCGGCCCCUCCCCCGGCAUCCCUCCUCCCCUGCAGCUGGACCUUGCUCUGGCCCGCUGCUUCUGCUGGGCAGUGUGGGGAGUGCAGCUGGCUCUGGCUGGGUGUUGUGCCUGUG